UUGCCGGCAUCAUGACAACACUGAAAAAGCCAGUAAAUCUAAAGGUUAAAACUCGGAAAAUGUACAGAGGAGAAGAAAGCAUUGACAAUAUCUAUGAAAACUUUAGCGCUAUUCAUGGAACAUAUGGAGGAGAGAUCAAGGACUCGAACAUAACUACUAUCCAGUCAUCUGAACUGCCGAGUGGUGAUGUGAAGAUCAGAAGCUGCAGAGGAUCUACAGUGUGUCUGGUGAUUCUGUGUGUUCUUCUGCUGACUGCGGUCAUACUGCUGUGUGUUCACAUCGAUAUACAAAGCAAAAACUACACAGAUGAGAGAAGCCAGCUACUAACUAACACCACUAACUUAAUUCAGCUGAACCAACACUUGAAAGAAGAGAAUGAUGAAUUAUGGAACUUAACCCGAGAUGGAUGGAUUUACUAUAGAUUUAGUUUUUACUAUCUUUUCAAUGAGUCAAAAAGCUGGAAUGAGAGCAAAAUAAACUGCAUGGAGAGAGGAGCAUAUCUGAUGAUAAUAAACAGUACAGAGGAAGAAGAUUUUGCAGUGAAAAUGAUCUCUGACUUGAAUGUGUGGAUUGGUUUGUCUCAAGCUGUAAACAACACAUGGACAUGGGUUAAUGGCAGAACACUGGCCUCUGAGUUUAAGAGCAGAUUACAAUUCUAUAAAGGAAAUGGAGAGAAAUGUGUUUUCUUAAAAAAAAAUAAAUUAUGGGAUAUUAAUCAAUGUAAUCAAAGUAUGAAAUGGAUCUGUGAGAAGAAUCUUUAACCUGUUGAACUUCCCAAGAAACAUCACACACCUUCUGAUUCUUUGACCCAAAUCCAACAUUACAUUACUUUUACACAUUUUUGAAUGUCAUGUAAUGUUGCUAAUCAUUUUGAAAUAACCAGAA